CUCGCCUCGCGAUUUGCGGGGCCUUAGAUUGACCUACCCAAUGGUGCUCGUCAACCUCCACCGCUUCCUACAACACUAGAAUAGCUACACAUAGCUACACAUAGCUACACAUCGCCAUCAUGGCUGUCCCAAAUAACGAUCAGGUUGCCCAUCGCAAACGAAGACGGAGAAGAAGACAGGACAAGCCGGCCAUCUCAGCAAGACUGGUGUUGGAUAAUCAUGUGAAAGGAGACGUCGGUAUUCUAUCCGACGACUUAUUCGCUGAUCUAUUCCCUCACUUACAAGACGAGCCCGACGAAGAUGAAACCAAUCAAUAUCCCGAUAUUCAUCAUGUCGCCAUUGCGCCAUGGACACCAGCUUCGAACAUCCAGCGAACAAAUUGGACCAUAGUCCCAAUUGUGAAAUCUACCGCCCUUGCUCAUUCGACCGUCCAAUUCUCGCCCUCUGCCCUCGCGCUUCAAAGUUUUGCGACGACCCUGCAACAAAUCGCGCCCUCGAAGCUCUCUAGCCAUAGCAGGAGUGGUAUUGAAAUAUUAGUACUGGAUGUGGUAGCUCUACCCCUAGAUACUGUCUUCGUAAACCUCGAAAGUGACCUUGUGAAAAGACUUGAGAAUGGAGAAGGAACCUUCUUCUUCGAUCAUCCUUCGGCUAAGAACAGAGCAGCCGUGGGACGUGAUACUCCAACAGAACGGCUUGCCGCUGCAUUGCGCGCUGCUUUGGGAACCUUGAAGGUCGUCCAUAACGGUGACCUAUUCCCCUUACCACUUCCACCUCAUGCCAUCACACACGUCCCUCCUUCGCCUGGUAGGGUAACACUGUGUGAACCCGUAGCACAGGGUAUUCUGGUGCCAAGUACCAAGAUCAUCCUCACAAGGGGCCACGGUCAGUCAAAGCAGGGCCGGAGACACAUUACUUCACGACAAGCAUUAAGUAGAGUUGACCCAGAUGAGGAGGAUGCAGCAACCGACCAAUUCUACUCUGCUACUGAAGGGGGAGAUAAGGCCGACUCACGAAACGAUACUCCAGAUUUUGUCACAGAGACUGAAACAGAGGUCUCCGAAGAUGAAAAUGAAGACGAAUUAUCGGACGACUCAAUGGAAGAUAUGAUCUCCCUUCAGGUCCCAACACUGCCAGCUACCAGCGCUAGUGGUGUCUCUACGAGGCAGUCUGGAACUCCGAUGACAAUGGGGCGCGGCAGGAAAACAAACGGCAUACACACUCCAAUUUCAGUCUUUUCUAGUUUCACUGCAACUACUGCUCGCCCGGAUCGUCCUAAAGGCCGCCUCUUCAAAGCCCACGGUUUGAUGAGCCCGAUUCCGUCAGAGCUACUUCAUCCUAAGCCAGCUACCGAGGAUGAUGAAGAAGCACGGGUAUACGUAGACAUAAACUCUUUGACUAGAAUUGGUUGUUUCUCAGGGGACUGGGUCCGACUUGAGGCUUCAGAUGAGCCUCCCACCAACGGCGUUGGUCUUUUCGGCCUAGGAAGUUUUGGGCAGUCAGGGGCGGAGGAGCCAGCAUGGCGGCCAGCCAAAGUUUACGGACUCCCUGAAGGCUACUCCCACCGACCCAUGACAAGAAUUCCAAGCUCGAAGCAUGAUCCUCACAAUCGAAGGCAGUCGUUUUUUGAUUCUCAGGUCCCAACACCGACAGGGCCUGGCGCAUAUAUGUCGCCUCUCCUUCUUGCGAACCUAGAGAGUACGCCCUUCGUCCGGCUGUCUCCCCUGAAACGAAUGGCACAUCCAAGACCUGGGCAGUCAAAGAUCACUGGAUCAUUGCGUCCCCCCUGUGCACGAGAUGUCACUCUUCAACAAAUACGGACACCCGUUUCUUCCGAGAAGGCCCUUCAAACAGCCAUAUUUGGCGGACUGAAGGGUCAUUUCGCGCGAAGCAUACGUGUAGUGAAAUCCGGCGACUUGAUCGGAAUCCCGAUCGACACACAGCUUGGGAGGACCCUUCAAGAAGCAACUAAUUCCAACGAUGGUAUUGGCCUCGAUGACGUUGUAGCUCUUGCGGCCUCGAACAAGACUAGCUUUGGGGGCACUUCCAAGCCUGACGCUGUGGCGUGGUUCAAAAUUGCCCACAUAGAACGGCAGAAAUCGGAACCCAUCGACGAGGAAGACGAAGAAGAUAUAUGGGGUGGUGUAGCAUGUGUCGACAGUUCUAUCACGCAAAUUGCCCAAUCUGGUGGUAGCACAAGCUCUCUUCCCGGAACGAAAGAUAGCAAUUGGCCAUACUACUUGGGUAUUGAUGAAGCUCCUCGGCCUGUGUUGAGUACCCUGUCCUCUUCAGUAGCCCAACCCCAAGCACGGUUUACCUCACCCCUGAGACGUCGGCUUAGGGAACUCAUGGCGGCAGCAACGAGUAAGCGAGCUGUCUAUCUCAAGAUGCCACCGAUAGCUGUUCUCCUUGUGUCAACGCAGCGCAAUAUCGGCAAGGCUACGGUGGCCACUGGCGCCUGCUCUGAUAUUGGCCUACACACUUUUGCCAUCGACGCUUACGACAUUGUUAAUGAGAGUGGUGCUGGCGGCAGCGAUGUCAAAACAGAAGGCCUUUUGAAGGCUCGAGCGGAUCGUGCCAUGAGUUGCGGAUCAGAGUAUUGUGCUCUACUCAUCCAGCAUAUCGAAGCUCUCACGGCGGAUAGGAUGGUAGCCGCAAUGAAGGAAGUCCUUGCCGAUGCCAGGGUAUUGAUUGCGACGACAACUGAAGUUGACAAAGUGCCAGAUGGAAUCAGAGGGCUAUUCACGCAUGAGCUUGAGAUGGGCGCCCCUGACGAGGGCGAGCGUGAAGGCAUUCUACAGUCUAUCAUACAAAACCGAGGAGUAUCAUUAGCACCUGAGGUCGAGCUUAGUGGAGUUGCCAUCAAAACCGCAGCUCUGGUCGCUGGUGAUCUAGUGGACGUAGUUGAGCGUGCAAUUGUUGCACGAGACUCACGUCUCGAAGGAUUGUCAGUGAAAGCUUCAAACGCUAACUCGACGGUCACCACUCGCGACAUACAAGUGGCGGGUGGCUCAUCGGCGCGAUGCUUAACCAAGGCGGAUUUCGACAUUGCCGUUGACGCGGCACGCAAGAACUUCGCCGAUGCCAUCGGUGCACCCAAGAUUCCAAAUGUCACGUGGGACGAUGUUGGUGGUCUAAGCAACGUGAAAGAAGCAGUCAUGGAAACGAUCCAAUUGCCAUUGGAAAGGCCCGAGUUAUUCGCUAAGGGAAUGAAGAAACGAUCCGGUAUCUUGUUCUACGGCCCGCCUGGUACUGGCAAGACAUUGCUUGCCAAAGCAAUUGCCACCGAAUACAGUCUGAAUUUCUUCAGUGUCAAAGGACCCGAACUGCUUAACAUGUAUAUUGGCGAGUCCGAAGCCAACGUCCGUAGGGUGUUUCAACGGGCUCGUGAUGCCAGACCUUGCGUCGUCUUUUUCGACGAACUCGAUUCAGUUGCCCCGAAGCGAGGAAACCAGGGAGACAGUGGUGGUGUCAUGGACCGAAUUGUGUCACAAUUACUAGCAGAAUUAGAUGGAAUGUCUGGAGGAGAUGACGGAGGCGGUGGCGUGUUCGUCAUCGGCGCGACAAAUCGACCAGAUCUGUUGGAUCAAGCUUUACUACGCCCUGGCAGAUUUGACAAGAUGCUUUACCUGGGUGUAUCUGACACACACGACAAGCAGCUCACCAUCAUGGAAGCACUCACGAGAAAAUUUACUCUUCAUCCGACGGUCUCGCUAGCAAAUGUCGCCGAGCACUUGCCCUUUACAUACACGGGUGCAGACUUCUACGCCCUGUGCAGUGAUGCCAUGCUGAAGGCAGUUACCCGACAGGCAACUCUGGUGGAUACCAAAGUCCGAGCCAUCAACGCCGAUCGUGAGAGGAAUGGACACCCGCCCAUCUCCACCGCCAACUUCUUCGACCACCACGCAACACCUAGUGAUGUCUCCGUCAUGGUAACCGAGCAAGACUUCCUCGAGGCAAACAGGGAGCUAGUCCCCAGCGUCAGCGCCGGCGAGCUCGCCCACUACGAGACCGUUCGUGCCACGUUCGAAAACCACGGCUCCAAAGAGCAGCAGCAGCAGAGUUCCGACGUUGAUGGCAUCGGGAAGGGCAAGGCGAAAGCUCUACCGAUCCUUGGCAGCAACGGCAAGGGGAAGGGGAAGGCAUCGUCAGCUGACGGCGAUGACGAUGGUGGUGGCGAGGGCAGCGGUGAUGAGGGCGGAGCCUUUGAUAGUAGUUACGGGAGCGGGAGGUCCAAGGGGAAGGGGAAGGGGGUCGCUAGUAGAUUCCAGGAUGGCACUGCGAGCGAUGAUGAUAAUUUAUACUGAGAGAGGAGAGAGAGGAGAAGGGAAGGGAAGGGAAGAAGAAAAAGUAAUAGGUAACUCAAACUACCAUGAACAAAACAAAUACAUAAAUAGAAUGUCCGGUUUAGAGGCGAGGAGAGCAGAGGAGAAGCAGGUAGAAGAAGAGAUGGCUGAACGAAAGUACUAUACUGUAGUUGGUAGCUUGAACGCGAUGGUAUAAAAUGAGUUGGUAGUUGGUAGUAUAUAUAUACACAUAUACAUAUACAUAAGUAUACAUACAACAUAUCUAGCAUAUAAAUUAGGUAGGUAUAUUAUUUAUCUAUCUGGGGUACCUAUUGAAUUAAUUGAUAGAUAGAUAGAUGGAUGGAUGGAUGGAUGGAUUGACUUUGCUACUACGGAAGGAAGUUGAUGGAGUGGAAUUGAUGUUCUCCUAAAAUCUCCCCCUUUCUCUUUCUCUUUCUCUCU